AUGCACGCAUACAACCAAGCGCGGGAAAGAAAAGAAGCACACACCCACGCACACCCACGCGCGCGGGAAGAGAGAGAGAGCAGGGAAAUGAGGACAGGGAGGGCACGAAGGAGGAGGAGGAAGAGGAACAGAAAGGGGACGGAUGAACGAGAGAGUGGGAAGAUGCGCGGCGAGGAGAGGAGGACAAGAGGAGGGAUUGAUUGA